CACACAAAACAGAGAGGAAGCAAAUUAAACCAUCCGACAAUGACUUCUCUCCAUGCGUUACUCUUCACUUGUCUUCUUUUCUUCAUCGUCUUCCCAACCUUCACGUUUUCCACCUUACUGUUUCAGAGUUUCAAUUGGGAAUCAUGGAAGAAAGAAGGAGGAUUUUACAAUUCUAUCCACAAUUCCAUCGACGACAUAGCCAAAGCUGGAACCACUCAUAUUUGGCUUCCUCCUUCUUCCCAAUCCGUUGCUCCUGAAGGGUACUUACCAGGAAAGCUAUACGAUCUUAAGAGCUCCAAAUACGGCUCAGAGACAGAGUUGAAAUCACUAAUCCAAGCACUUAACCAAAAAGGAAUAAAAGCUGUGGCUGAUAUAGUGAUCAACCACAGGACAGGUGUGAGUAAAGACGAUAAAUGUGGCUACUGCUAUUUCGAAGGAGGGACUUCUGAUGAUCGUCUUGAUUGGGAUCCUUCUUUCGUCUGCCGCAAUGACCCUAACUUUCCCGGUACCGGAAACAUCGACACCGGAGGAGACUUCAACGGGGCGCCAGACAUCGACCACCUUAACCCUAGAGUUCAGAAAGAGUUGUCGGAAUGGAUGAACUGGCUUAAAUCUGAUAUCGGAUUCCACGGUUGGAGAUUUGAUUUCGUUCGAGGUUAUGCAUCUUCCAUCACCAAACUAUACGUUCAGAAUACUUCACCGGACUUUGCGGUGGGUGAGAAUUGGGACCAUAUGAAAUAUGGAGGAGAUGGGAAACUGGACUAUAAUCAGGACCAGCAUAGGUCGGGUCUCAAACAGUGGAUAGAGGAAGCGGGUGGUGGUGUCUUGACAGCUUUUGACUUCACAACGAAAGGGAUCUUACAGUCAGCAGUCCAAGGUGAGCUUUGGAGACUAAAAGACUCGCAGGGAAAACCGCCUGGUCUGAUUGGAACCAUGCCCGGGAACGCGGUUACAUUCAUUGAAAACCACGACACUUUCAGAACGUGGGUCUUCCCUUCUGAUAAAGUCUUGCUUGGAUACGUUUAUAUUCUUACUCAUCCGGGAACUCCUUGCAUUUUUUAUAAUCAUUACAUGGAAUGGGGACUAAAAGAGAGCAUAUCAAAGUUGGUGGCGAUAAGGAACAGAAAUGGGAUUGGUAGCACGAGCUCUGUUACGAUAAAAGCAGCAGAGUCGGAUCUCUACUUGGCUAUGAUCGAUGAUAAGGUUAUUAUGAAGAUAGGGCCAAAGCUAGAUUUGGGAACUCUCGUUCCUCCUAGUUAUGCUUUAGCUUAUUCAGGCCUUGACUUUGCUGUCUGGGAGAAUAAGUGACGCAUUAUCAUCACUUACUCAUCAAAUUCUCUAUUAUUAAACCCAAAAAAGAAAAGAAGGUAAUCGAAUGUAUCUUUUUCCUUUUUAAAAGAUAUGUAUAAAUAUAAUGAAAUGAAAAUGAUAAAGAAACUAAAUUAAGCACUAGUGGUGUAAAUGGAUACACAUACACACUAGUGAUAUGUAUAAAAAGAGUUUGGACUUUGGACAAAAGAGUUUUUAAGUAGGGUGAG